GGCACUUCCUGCACCAAGCCACAGUUUACAGGGCAAGCAAGUGACUAUCUGUCGUCUUUAGACGGGAGACAAGAUGAGGAACAGAGAUCUGUGGGCAGGAACGUGAGGCUUGACUCGAGGACUUGACAAUGACGUAAAUUAAGGACCCACCUGGAACUGUCUCUUCGUUUGUCUUUUGUUUUGUUUAUUUUUCUUUUUUGUAGUUUUGGUUGUUCAAAUGUCUGUCUUAACUGAUGUUCCCCUGCUUGUCACGAAGACCAGAAAAUUUAGUAGUGCAGGAGCUUGCAUGAAACUUUAAUAUAUCACACUACUGUCUAGAGGUCUGGCCUUGUCACUCCUCUUGUCUGCCUCCUUUAGAUCACUGAGAUUAAAGAUAGCAAUAGAGGUAUCAAAGGUCUUGAAAAAGCCUGCACUUACCAUAUCUUUGUGGCAACAGUAACAUUUUCGCAGGCACUUAACAUACAAUGUACUCCACAGAAUUAUUUACAUGUGCAUUAAUUUAAUUUAAUUGAUGUAGCCUCCUUGUCUAAACAAGGUGUGUUUGUUUGUCUUAUUCAUACUUAAUGGAUCAGUUUUUCAAUACAACUAAGUCUCAGUUUUGCUUUAUUCUGUAAUUAUUUAAAGAUUUAUAGUUAAUGUUGUGCCAGCUUGGCUACAGUGUUAUUAUAGGCUGCUGUAAGUUGUAAUGUAAAUGUUUUUUUUUACUUAUGCAAUCUUUGUGAAGAACACUUGUUGAAAUGAUUUAUUUCAUAGUGGAAGAUAUUCAUUGGUAAACUGUGUUGUCUAUUAAUAUGUUGAGGUAUUGCUGUUAGUAGACUGUAGAAGAUCAAACUAAAGGAAGCUUUCUAACUGCGACACAGUCUUUUUUUAGCAGAUCCCAUCCCCACUGGAUAAAUAACCUAAACUGAAGAACCUUUAAAACUGGAAGGAGUUCUUUUUCAAAUGAAGAUAAACUUUUCAGAUGGACAGACAGGAACAGACUUUUGGGACUUGUUGAAUUUGAGCACUGAAGAGGGAAAAUUAUUUUUAGGAGAUUUCAGGGAUAACGUUCUCAGACUGACAUUUCGAUAUGUUUUGAUUUUUCCCUGCAAAUCUUGAAAAAGUUCCAAACUCUGCUUCUCAACCCUCCAACUGUAGAAUUACUACAGUAGAUACUACAGUGAAGCUUGACAUACUGACAUUUCCUUGAAAAGCUGAGGAUGCGGUCUCCAGAACCUUCGUCACCUUCCACAGCAGAAGCCCUCCUUCAUGGCCAGUUUGCUAGCUGGGGAUCAGGCAGCAACAGUAACAAUAACAGCUGCCCCAACAGCCCUGGUGGUCCAGGGGGACUCUCCCCGGCUGCCUCCCCUACUCCGGCUCCAGCUUCCAACUAUGCCUUGACCCUCACCCACACCCACAUUCACAUCCAGCGUCUGUCACCACGGCCAGGGAAGGAAGCCCGUCUCUUGCUGCCUUUAUCAGAACUGGUGGGAUGCAGCUGCCCCCGUGCCCCUGCGCCCCCUCUCCUGGUGCUGUACUGGUACCCACCAGGAAAACGACGGAAAGGGGUGUCAAGGCGCAGGCAGGUGAGGGCGUACCUAGCGGAAAGCAGGGCUGAAGCUGAGAGAUGGUCGGCUGCUGUGCAAUGUCUACUCAGAGAUGUGACCGUCACUGCUGACACAGAAUUUUCAAGAAAUCUGCUACCUCGUCCCAGGCGACUACUGUUAUUGGUCAAUCCUUUUAGUGGGAGAGGCCAGGCAAUGCAGUGGUGUCAGACCCACAUCCUGCCAAUGAUCAGAGAGGCCAACAUAAGUUAUAACCUCAUACAGACAGAACGUCAGAACCAUGCCAGAGAGCUGAUCAGAGAGAUUUCUCUCCCAGAGUGGGAUGGCAUCAUCAUCGUUUCUGGGGAUGGCCUACUGCACGAGGUGAUCAAUGGGCUGAUGGAGCGUGCUGACUGGGAACAAGCAAUAAAAACACCUGUCGGCAUUCUACCCUGUGGUUCUGGAAAUGCACUAGCUGGCUCCAUCAACCACAACGCAGGGUAUGACAUGUGCCUUCGGGAACCUCUCCUUUUGAACUGCUGCUUCUUGCUCUGUCGAGGUGGUGUCCAGCCCAUGGACCUGGUCUCUGUGACAACAAGCCCAGCUUCCUCUAACAAUAGUCGUGCACCCAGGAGACUGUUUUCUUUCCUUUCUGUUGCCUGGGGCUUUGUGUCUGAUGUGGACAUAGAGAGUGAAAGGUAUCGCGGCUUGGGAUCAGCUCGCUUCACCCUGGGGACGCUGGUGCGCAUUGCUUCUCUUCGAUCCUACAAGGGUCGUCUGUCCUACCUGCCUCCCUCCAUUUGCAACACUUCACCAGAUGCCACGCCCCCUCCUCCAAGGAGACCCCUCUCCCGAAGUAUCACUGAAGGCCUGGAAGGAUUCUGCCGAACCCCCAUUCAUCGCACCUGCUCUGACAUGGGCAUCAGCGAACAGAGGAGCCUGCGUCGGGGUGAGGGAGAGCGUGAAAAAGAAGAGAGACAGAGGGAAAGGGAGAGGAGGAGGGAGAGGGCCAGGGGAGGAGGAACUGGCGUGGUGAGAGCAAGCAGCCUGGCUGAGGACAGAGAGAGGGAGCGAGAGGGAGAGGUAGAGAUGGAAGCAGAAGAGGAAAGGUCAGGGACGUGUUCGGAGAGGUCAGGGACGAGUUCUGAAUCAAAUGAAAGGGAUGACUGUAGUAUGGGAAAGGAAAGAUUGGAGGGGAUCAAGGAUGAAAGGGAAGAAGAGGGAGGAAUAGAGCAGGACUCAAGUGAGAUGGAAGAGGAGGAUAGGGAGAAGGAUGGGGAAGGGAGUGGGGGUUCUGUAGAGGAGAGCAGAGACCUGGGAGAAGGCUGUGGGGUAGACAUGGGGCAGGAGACCAAUGAAGAGACAGUGGGUUGUUACACUUAUGAAGACAACCUUCAGGAAGCCAGACAGGCCCUAAGAAAGAAUUCAGCCCCUUCCAGUCAGAUAGCCAACGCUCUGUUCAACCAGCCUCUCAAUCAAGAGGUUAACACCGACUCAAGCACCUCGUACAGGGUGGAGGAUGUGGAUCUAAAUGGGACCUACUACCAGAAAGAGCCCUACCCACUGGACGUUACUCGAGAACGAUCGCUUACUAUUUCCUCUCCUUUCCGUCACUCUCCCUUCUCUUAUAAGCCCAAGACCCUGGACCAAAACCAAAACUCCUCCCGGCCGAGGCCUCUCUCCCUCCUCCAACACUCCCACUCAAACUCUCUCCCCCCGAAGCUCCCCUCUCUGUCCUUGUCUCUUUCUCCCACACCUCCAUCUUCCCCCUCAUGUGCCUCCCCACACUCCUCAUCCUACCUUGUCCCACGUCCUAACACCCCAAACUCUACCUCUCCCUCACCCUCUUUACGCACGCCGUCCUCAUCUUUUAACUUUGACAUUGCCGAGCCAGCAGGACCCCAGAAGAACCGUCCUUAUGUCUCACUGCCUUUAAAUCUCCCAAAAGAUGACUUGCUACCCCCCCUAGACCAGCCCCUUCCCACCAGAGACUGGAUCACCAUUGAAGGAGACUUUGUCCUGGUCCUGGCUCUGUACCAGACCCACCUAGGGGCUGAUCUUCAUGCUGCACCCCAGGCCAGGUUUGAUGAUGGGCUGAUUCACCUAACUUUUGUGCGGGCGGGGAUCUCCAGAGCCACUCUACUGAGACUGUUCUUCGCCAUGGAAAGAGGGACCCACCACUCCGUCAGUUCACCGUAUGUGAGCCAUGUGACCUGCAGGGCAUUCAGGUUGCAGCCUCUGUCCACACGGGGGACUCUCACCGUGGAUGGAGAGCUGGUGCCCUAUGGGCCUCUUCAAGCACAGGUUCAUCCCUCCAUGGCUCGUCUCAUCGUCGGUGAAUGUGGAGUGAAGAUUACCAGAUUCUAAUCAGCGGGUGUUUGAGCUGAUAGACAGAAACAACACUGCAGAAAUUAUGUAAUCUGUGUGGCCAUCUUUACUCUGAAUGAAGGGGAGGGGGAGUAACUGAGGGACUUAAAAUAGCCUGGAUUGCAGGAACUGCUUUUCUGGGGUUUAAUGAAAGGGAUAACCCAUCGAGCCACGCAUCAUUGGAGCAUGACUGCAGGGAUUAAUAGUGAAAUUUGAAAAUGGAUGAAAAACGCACCUCGUUGCACAGCUGUUGGAUUACAUUCAGCGUACCCUGAGAAGCAUGAAAACUGCACAGCUUGGGAUAACAGGAGGGAAGAACAAUCGAAUGUUUAUGGGAUUUUCUUGUGCAGAUAGUGCAUGUGUUGGAUGUAUACAUAGUAGUAUGCAUGCAGAUAAGCACUACCUGGUUGUUGCCUUUCAAUGAGAUAGAAAGAAAUCAAUUCAAAUUCAGAGACAGUUGUUCUUAAACAUGGGGAGAUUUAAGAAACAUUGUAAUUCAGUUUGGCCAGCACACAAUUAACUAACACAUAAUUGUCUGCCCCACUCCAGUGUCCAACUGUUUAAAUAUGAAACCUUCUUUCCCCAAUAGUAAUGCCUUAUAUGACACUGGACAGUGCAGUUUUACCUUUGUCCUUACCUACUUGUAUAAGAAACAACUAUAUUCUCGCUCACUAUCCACACUAUCAGAGUUUCCGUCCACUCUGUAAAAGCAAAGUUGUGCUUAUACACCUAAUGUAGGCCUAUGUGUAGACCCAGCUACCCACUGUUAUCUUUGUGCAGCUCUUCGCCACUUUUAACCAGCAGUGGAGAAAAUGUGGCUAAAUGCACACUUCAAUGGCUUAAGUUCAUGCAAGUGACUCAACGCAGAGCAGCUAGAUCAAGCUUUUCAGAGUCAUAUCAUUCAAAGGAGCAACUGAACAGUUGACAGUGACCAUUACUGACAUUCUUACAUAAUCUGCCAGUUUUUCUUAGCCAGUGGGCGCAUGAUAAUGAGCAUAUUGAACAUAAAAAUGUGUGGACAAAGCAAGCUUCUUUUACAGUGUUUUGAGACUGUUUAUUUCAGGAAUUGUAUCAGAAUCCCACACAUUUGCCCUUAGCACUAUUUUGUGUUUACAGUUUAUCACUUCCUCUGAGUAAUCAUCUUUGGAACCUUCAAGGAUAUAUCCAGUGUCUCUUUAGUAACGAGUAGCGCAUUUGUUUUGCACAAUAACUGGAGCACAGAAAAUCACAAACACUAGAAUGCAUAUUAACCUUUAGACACAUCUAACACAUAAUCAGAUGUUCUAGAAAUGGAUGUUCUAGUAUUAAAAGCCUUUAUAAGAUGAUAUUUUAUAUGUGUCAAAUUACAUUCCUAGAUUGAAGUGGAUAAAUUUUCUCAAUUGGAACACUGAUAGUUUGGUAAGAUAGGACUGACUGAUUAUGUAAUCAUUUAGAUACUUUCUGCUGCAGAGAAAAACAAGGGCACCAGCAGCUCUGUGUUGUCUAGUCAUACUUUUUGAUAAAAAGAGAUAAAUCUUGUGAUGGGAAAACAAUGUUCAGAUUGAAAAAAUAUCCAGCAGCAGAGCCUCAUGAGUAGCUGAUUUCAAUUUUAAAUUUAAAAUAUUUAGAGAACAUCACUACUUGCUCCUUUGUGAAGUGAGACAUCACACCUUAGAGCCCUACUUUGAACUGUUGUGUUGUAUACAUUAAUUUUUGAAAUGUUAUAAUAGAAACCUGCUGAUAUAUUUGGUCUGGACAAAGGAGAAAUCAUUAGCAUGUGCAGCAUAUCAAUCAGUGAGAUCAUGUGCCGACUGCUUUGGUCAUCAACAUACUGUAUAUGUCUUGGUAAUGCCUGGACAAAUGAAUGCCUUUGUAUAAUGAGCCUGUAAAUUCUGGCUGUUGAUCAUGAACUGUUCAAACCUGACUGCAGAAAAUGGAGUAAAACUCUUUGCUCACCA